UCUGUCUCUGAGCGGUAACAUACAGAAAUGGCAGCAUCAACAUCAGGUACGCGUACCAAUACUUCUAAAGUUUGGGAGCAUUUUAGCCUGGAUACGGCGAAUCAAAAGGCUACUUGCAAGGUUUGCAAAGCAGACCUUGCGUAUCAUGGCAGUACCUCGGUGAUGCACGAACAUUUAAAGAUGAAGCACGUCGGGCAGUUGAACGAAACGGAUUCUGACUUGCCUCGGUAAGAUUGAUGACAUACAUUGUACAUUUUAUAAGCGUAUUUUCGCUAUAAAAGAGAGCUUGAGCGUUAUGUCAGACUGUGCCUGACAAACGUAUUUUAAAUUAAAUGCAUGCAGUCCAAAAAGAGCCACCAUGGACCCCUUCCUGCUAAAGAGGCAGACGUGCACCCCGCAACAGGCGACUGCCCUCACUGAGUCAGUACUGCAGAUGCUGAUCUAUGAUAUGAGGCCGCUCUCCAUGGUCGAUGGUGCCGGGUUUCAAAAGAUGAUAGCCCAGUUCAAUCCCGACUACAUCCUGCCAUCCAGGACCCAUUUCACCCACUUGAUGGAGCAGAAAUACAGUACAACUUUUCUGAAGGUAAAGGAGAUCCUAAAAGAGGUCAACAGCUCCCUCACACUGACAUGUGAUGUUUGGACCAGCUGUGCCACAGAGGCAUAUCUUGGUGUUUCGUGUCACUUCAUUACCAAAGACUGGCAAAUGAAGACUUUGAACCUCGCCACUCUACCUCUGGAGGAGAGGCAUACUGCAGCCGACAUCAUGUUAUGGAUUGAAGAGGUGACAGAGAAAUUUGACAUCUUUCCUAUCAAAAUUAAUGCAAUAGUACAUGACAACGGGUCUAACAUGGUGGCGGCAGCUCGACUCCUGGAAGAAAAACAUGGUUGGUUUUCAGUCCGCUGUGCUGGGCACACUUUCCAUCUUAUCGUAACCAGUGCCCUCAAAGAGCCCAGCAUCAACAAAGCUACUGGUGCUGCAAGAAACUUAGUGGAGCACUUUAGGAGAAGUGAGCUGGCAAAUUCAAAACUGAAGAAGAAGCAGCAGCAAAUGAACACCGCAGAGCACAAGCUGAUCCAGGAAGUAAAUACGCGAUGGAACAGUACGUAUUACAUGGUGGAGAGACUCCUGGAGCAGCGGUGGCCAGUCACUGCAACCCUCUCUGACCCUGAGGUAAUACCAAGAUGCAAGCACUACUGUGACCUCAAACCAGAUCAGUGGGUGCUACUUGAAGAGCUGGUGCAAGGUUUGGGGCCUUUUGAAUGUGCAACCGUUUUCCUCAGUGGACAGGAGUAUGCUACUGCUUCAUGUCUUCCACAGCUGGUCAAAGGCCUGCAACGAUCCAUACAGCAAACUCAGUUUGAGACUAGCGCAGGAAAAGCCUUUCGAGCCAUUGCAGGAAAAGGAAUAAGUGAGAGGUGGGAGAAUCUUAACUCUGUGUCUGCAGAAAGAGACAACCCACUUGUUCUUGCAGCUGCCAUUGACCCAAGAUUCCGAAAGAUGCUUAUCUCUCCUGAAGAUGGCACAAGGGUGCGAAGCACAAUUGAAGUUCUUGCCAUAAAAGAAGCAAAGGUUGAGACUGGGAUACACGAUGACCCUGAGCUCCAGCCGAUGAGAAGGGGCAAUGUUUCAGGGGAAAGUCAGCGCUGGAUAACCUGCUUCAGUCUGACACCGACAGCCUGAGUGACAAAGAGGAAACCCAGGAGGACAAAAAAAUCCAAAUGGUGGUGAUGAGGGAAGUUCAGAUGUUCUUCAGAGAUACCAAAAGCCAAAGAGGAUGACCCGCUCAGCUGGUGGAGAGAAAAUGAGGGCUGUUUCCCACACUGUCCAACGUAGCAAGAUCCCUUUUGUGCAUUCCCGCAACAUCCACCCCAGCAGAGCGAAUCUUCUCAGCAGCAGGAAAUAUCUGCUCACAGAAGAGAGCAAGUCUCACACGAGACCAUGUGAAUAUGCUGACUUUUCUUAGUAUGAAUAAACUGAACAACAUAGCCUGAGCCUCAUGUUGAUUUAAAACCUGGUCUGUCCACCAUGACAGGUUUGUGUCCAGGGUAUGUCACACAGUCCAUGUUUUCAACUUGAAUAUGGACAGCUCUGAAUGCUUAGUGUAAAGUUGUAAAGUUCUUUUGCAACAAACUGUGCAGUUGACCACUGAAUGUACUUCACAAAAUGCACAUAUUUGUUUUAUUUACUGUUCUACAGCUGCUAAUGAGCCUGUUCUUGGUUUACAGGAAAAAAAUGUUUACUUGAUUUUAAUUUAUUCUUUAUUUGCCUGUCCCUAACAAAUGGACAGGUUUUUUUAUUUAUGGAUUUAUGUCUCUACUGACCGAGCACUGUGCCUAAUUGGUUUUGGAUAGGACAUUUUUAUUUAAUUUUUGUGC